AUCUAACAGUCAGCGGAAUACGGUACACAGGUUAACCUGAUAUUACCGGACAGUUUUGGUGUCAAUAAUUAGCGUCUAUCAUUUGUGGAAGGAUUAUUUGUUAUAACCAAGCAUGGAAACGUUGGAUUUCCCUGAUGUUUCACAGGAAGUAAAGGGUGCUAUGAAUGGCGGCCGUCUGAGGUUGAGCGAACAAGGUGUGACAUUCAAGAACAACAAAACAGGCAAGGUUGAUCAGAUUCAAUCGGGUGACCUGGAAAGGACAAACUGGAUCCGGGUCGCCAGGGGUCAUGAACUCAAGCUCUAUCUCAAAUCAGGAUCAAUCUUCAAAUAUGAUGGCUUCAAAGAAUCAGAUCGGGAGAAAGUAGCUGAUUUUCUUCAGAGGCACUACAACGUGGAACUUCAAGACAAAGAACUAUCAUUGAAAGGAUGGAACUGGGGAACAGCCAGAUUUGAAGGUUCUGAGCUUGACUUUCACGUUGACAAGAAAUCAGCCUUCCAGCUUCCUCUUGGUAAUGUUUGUCACGCAACGACAGCGAAGAAUGAAGUCAUCCUUGAAUUCCACCAAAACGACGAUGCAGAGGUCUCGCUCAUGGAGAUGAGGUUUUAUGUACCUUCAACAGACUCUACAACAGAUGCAGCAGGGGCAUUCCUUGAUAAUGUCAUGGCUAAGGCAGACAUCAUCCAAGCCACAGGGGAUGCUAUUUGUUCAUUAGAAGAGAUCCCAUGUCUGACACCAAGAGGUCGAUACGACAUCAAGAUCUUCCCGACAUUCCUCCAGCUUCACGGAAAGACCUUUGAUUACAAGAUCCCCUUCACAACGGUUCUCAGACUCUUCUUGCUCCCUCACAAGGAUAACAGACAAAUGUUCUUUGUGAUGAGUUUAGAUCCUCCUAUUGUCCAAGGUCAGACUAGAUACCAUUUCCUCAUCUUGAGUUUUAACAAGGAAGAUACACUUGCCCUGGAGCUUAAUCUCACAGAGGAUGAACUAGAACAGAAAUACGAAGGCAAGCUAACAAAGGAGAUGAGCGGUCCCAUGUUUGAGAUCGUCAGUCGAAUCAUGAAGUGUCUAGUGGCAAGAAAAAUCACUGUACCUGGCAACUUCAAGGGGCAUAAGGGAGCCCAUGCCAUCAGCUGUUCGUAUAAGUCUAACAGUGGUUUCCUAUAUCCGCUUGAGAGGGGUUUCAUGUAUGUUCAUAAGCCUCCAAUGCACAUACGCUUCGAUGAGAUCCAGAGCGUGAACUUUGCCGGAACUGGGAGCUUGAGGUAUUUUGACUUUGAAAUUGAGACGCGGAACAAGUCAACGUUUGUCUUCAGCAGCAUAGAAAAGGACGACUAUACACCACUGUUUACCUACGUGUCGAGUAAGAAGCUCAGAGUGAAGAACAGAGGCAUGAAGGGUGAUACCGUAAACUACGAUGACAUUGGAGACAGUGACGAUGAUAAUACCCAUGAUGCCUAUCUGGAACAGAUGAAAGCCGAAGGUCGUGAGAGGGAAGAGGGAGAAAUCGACGAGAAUGAUUCAGACUCUUCAUCAGAUGAAGAUUUCAAUCCUUUGGAAAGUGCAAGUGAUGUAGCUGAAGAAUACGACAGUAACAUUGAGACGGAUUCAUCUGAUUCUGACUACACGGCAGGCAGCGGAGAGGAGGAAGAGGAUGAUGAUGAUUACAGGAAAGAACGUGAAGAGAGGAAAGAGAGGAAGAGGCAAGAGAAGGAAAGGGAGAAGCAGAAGGCAAAACAAAAGAAGAGAACAAAGACCUCGUCGGACAAGCCAAGGAAGAAGGUGAAGAAGGAGAAGGAUGCCAACAAACCCAAGAGGGCGGCCACCGCGUACAUGCUGUGGCUCAACGAGACGCGAGAGGAGCUCAAAGAGAAGUACCCGGGCAUCAGCGUCGUGGAGCUGACCAAGAAAGCCGGAGAACUGUGGCAAAAGCUGGAUGACAAGACCAAGUGGAAUGAGAUCGCUGCUGAGAAGAAGAAGGAGUACGAGGCGGCGAUGGCAGAGUAUAGGGAGAGAGCUGCCGAGGAAGGAUACGAACCCGCAGUGGAAUCCGGAAGUAGUGGAAAGAAGAGCAAGUCAAGCUCGGACAAGUCCAAGUCUAAAUCCAAGAAGACGUCACCUAGCCCCAAGAAGUCAAGUGCUGGGUCCGGAGGAAACUACAAGAGCAAGGAAUACAUCUCAGAAUCAGAAUCAUCCAGUGAUGAAGAGAAAUCUGAAGAUGGAGGUUCAGAUAAGGAGGAAAACGCAUCAUCACCCGUUGAGGAAGAGCCGUCAUCACCAGUUGAGGAGGAGGAUGGCGCAGAGGCUGACGACGAUGAAGAUGAUGAAUAGAAUCUGAGUUCCUGAUUUCGAUGGCAUAUGCGGGAACAGGGGGGUUCGUCUUGUGCGCUAGGAGUCCACUUUCAAGAGGGGAGGGGGUAAAGAGAAGAAAACUUGAAAAUGAAAAAACACUAUGAAUUUCAGUCUUGAUUAUCAACAAAUUAGCACUUCAGCUCUAAAGUUCUAGAACUUUAGAGCUGGAACUGGGCAUGGUUCCAGACCCUUUUCCCAGACAUGUCAUGUUUUCUUACACCUAUUUACUAUUGAAAAAUUGACUGGUUUAGCCGACCAUCAAUCCUUUACUACAAAUCGUUGGAUAUUCCAUUGAUCUGCUAUUGAUAGAUGGCAACAUUAUUUGGAAUGACAGUCAUUCAUUACAUUACCGUGCCAUGUUGGAUACUCCUCAGGCAAGCUUUCAUGAUGUACGCAAAAUUAUACCAUUGAAUCAGUGUAUAAUUGUGACAGUUUAAAGAGAAAUUCCAGUAGUUGCAGUAAACACUGAU